AUAUUUAGCUGGUUUACUCUUGCUCGCGAGGGGGUGACGAGUUGCGUAAAUCCGGUGCCCUCGCGAGCUCUAUCGACCGUCAAUCCGUCAACAAAAAGGUCGGCCAACUAACGUACGGGUCUUCGUGUUCCAAUUCGCUCGAUAAUGCACUCAAACCGUGGCUACGCGCGAAUCGAAAAGGCAAUCCUCUUAAAAACCGAGAUUCAACAUGGCAGUGGUGGCUUUUCCCGAGCGAGAGCUUAAAUUUACGUAAACAUGCGCCCCGCACGGGUCUAAGGCCUUGCGGAGAUCGUCAGAAGGUUCGUUUUAGUCUCUACAUGUGGGGACUGUAAAUACUGGGACUAAGCCAGAGUGCCACAUAACCUUCGGGAAGCUCGGAAGAACACUGCCAGACAGAGACGGUUGGAAUCGCUAUCGGUAAAACCACAUGGAAAGCAUGGCUUCCUCAACGGUUAUGGCUCCGUCCAAUUCCGUGGCUACUACCAAUGGUGUAAGCUCCAGUGAGGAUUCGGAGACAAACGAUGCGUUCUCGGGCCGGAAUGGCGGCGUCUUGGAGAGAGGCGUAGUGGAUGGUUAUACCAACGGGAACCCUGGUGACGCUUUGGAAGAGAUCGGAAGAGAAGGUGGCCAAGCGAAGGAUCAGGAGUGCACUCUGUGUAACAGUAACCUCUACACUCCACGGGUACUCUCGUGCUUACACGUUUAUUGCGAAGUUUGCCUCGAUAAACGCUUGAUCGACGAGGCUGGCGACUCCAAACAAGGGUCGGUGUUGAAGUGCCCGCAGUGCCAGCAGCACACGCUCGUGGGGCCGAAAGGCGCGACUUCUCUUCCUUGUGACUAUGUUUUGACUAAUAUAUUGGAUAUGGCUGCCAUUGAAAACAUGGCUGUGCUCUGCACCUCCUGCAAAGCCAAGGAGAAGGCUGUCGCCAGGUGCUCCGACUGCGCCAACUUCCUCUGUCCGAAUUGCAACAUCGCGCAUGAGUUCAUGCGGUGCUUCGAGAAUCACAAGGUCGUCUCUUUCAAUAAGCUGAAACGUUCCGACGAAACCAUUCCCAUACACAAGCCUAUCUUCUGCGAGUAUCACCCUGCGGAGAACCUUAAGUUUUACUGCUAUCCAUGCCAGGAACCUAUCUGCAACGAAUGUUUGCUCUCCGAACACAAAGCCCCGGAGCAUCAGUACGAGAGGUUGGCGGAUGCAGAGCCACGUCAGAGGGAGGAACUAGCUAGUCUAAUGGCCGAGAGUAAGGCCCGAAUCUCCGACUAUGACCAGGCCUCCUCGCAGCUGGAAAAUGCGCUGAGUGAACUGCAAGUACAACACGAUCAAGCCAAAGACUUGAUCAACGAGACCUUCCAGAGUUAUAAAGCACUCCUGGAGAAAUACCGGGAUAACGCCCUAGUCGAGCUGGAAAGAUUGCAUUCUGGUCGAGAACUCGAGAUCAUGGACAACUUCUUCAGUGUGGAGCAGACAGUGGACAGGAUAGAGGAUGCCUGUCGAUUCACAUCGAGGCUCUUGGAGCAUGGUGAUGCAGCUGAAAUUCUGGCUCUGAGACGCGUCGUCGGGACGCAGUUACUCAACCUGAUCAAGAACACGCCGAAGCUCAAUGUCCCCUGUUCCAUUGAGUUCCGAACAGACUACGACCAUUUUGAAAAGACUGUGAAGGAGGCGUUUGGCAAGUUCCACACAGAGAACAGUGCUCCGGUGAAUUCUGCCCCGGAAGUGAUUCCAGCCCAUUCCGGAGCGCCCAACCAGCAGAUGGUCCACGUCUCCAUUGGAUGUCCAAGCUCUAACAGCACCAGCUCUCCGAUCUCCCUGUCUGCCUCGAUGCAAUCCUCCUUUGAAGGUGAACUCUCCUUCGUCAUCCCUCCUUCAACUAGUCCCCAGAACGGUCCUCCUCCAGCGCCCCCGGUCUCCCUGCCUCCAGGUCCUAUCCAGGGUCUCACCAGCAUCCAGGAGUACAACCUGCAGCAGCUGGCGAGCCUCGCGGAGAAGGUCGACAUGGUGGGAGACUCCGGAGUGGUCCCAGGUGGGGUCUCAACUGGAGUACCUGCUGGAGUUUCCGCUGGGGUUGUCGGGCCCAGCUCCAACCCCAGUCCAACGCCUUCGUUCACCCUGGCUGACCUCUUCGCCGGGGACCUCAGCUCUACCAGUCAUGCCAUUAAUAAUCUCCAGGCCCUCGCCAAGCUGGGGAAUUCUUUGGGGAAUUCGUUGGGAAAUCAAGACUUGAGCAACGCAACUCUAAAAGGCAGCGGUGGCCUUGUCUUAGGUCGUGGUCCUUCACCGAGCAUCGUCAACCCACCGAACCUUGAUCCGUUGACAGCGAACAGCAUUCUCAACAGCGGAUUUCAGCCUCUCUCUUCGUCUACCUCGCCGAUACUCUCGCAAUCCACUGAGGAACUGAUGGGCGAGUCGAUGCACAAUAUGCCUGUGGGGGUUGGCGGCACCGUCGGGAACCUUCCUGGUUCCGGGAGUGCCAACUACGUGCGUCUCCGGUCAACCAAUCCGAAGCUCACUCCCAUGCAAGUGCGUAGCAAGUUUGGCCAGCUCGGCCCCAGCAAAGGUCAAUUUAAUUCGCCCCACGGCUUCUGUCUUGGCACGGACGAGGACAUCAUCGUCGCGGAUACCAACAAUCAUCGGAUCCAGAUAUUCGAGAAGACGGGCACGUUCAAGUUCCACUUCGGUUGUCCUGGGAAGGAGGAGGGCCAGCUUUGGUACCCGCGUAAGGUCGCCGUUAUGCGGAACAACGGGAAGUUCGUCGUCUGCGACCGGGGCAACGAGCGCUCCAGGAUGCAGAUAUUCACGAAAAACGGACACUUCGUUAAGAAGAUCGCCAUCCGUUAUAUAGACAUCGUCGCCGGCCUCGCGGUGACCAGCCUCGGCCACAUCGUCGCCGUCGACAGCGUCUCCCCCACUGUAUUCGUCAUCAGCGACACCGGCGACCUGAUUCGGUGGUUCGACUGCAGCGACUACAUGCGCGAGCCCAGCGACAUCGCAAUCAGUGGCAAGGAGUACUUCGUCUGCGACUUCAAGGGUCACUGUGUCGUCGUGUUCACCGAGGAGGGCAAGUUCCUGCGGCGAAUUGGCUACGAGAACGUGACCAACUUCCCGAACGGCAUCGACAUCAGCGACGCCGGCGACGUACUAAUCGGCGACUCGCAUGGGAAUCGCUUCCACGUGGCCGUCUUCUCGCGAGGCGGUUCCUUGAUCUCGGAGUUCGAGUGUCCCUACGUCAAGGUGUCUCGUUGCUGCGGCUUGAAGAUCACCUCGGAAGGCUACAUAGUGACCCUGGCGAAGAACAACCACCACGUCCUCGUCCUGAACACGCUCUACAUAUUAUGAGGUGAGGCUAGGCCGGUAGCCGUGUCCUAACUUUGCUACAAAAACGAAAAAACGAAAAAAAGGAGAAAAAAAAACGUGAAAAAAAAAACGGAGAAAAAACAAAUGGGAGAGAGGAGGGAAAUGUUUGCGCGAGGACGGGGCUUGUUUCCGCGUUUCGGGUCGUCGGUAAGGUUGUCGCGACGCCUAGGGAGACGCGAGCGUCCUGGACGGCGACGCCCGGAAACGCCCGUCGAGGUUUCUCGGGCCUAUAGCAAUAGGAUAAAAAAUGGAGACCCGUAAGGGAACCAGGAGCAAAAAGUGAGAGAGAAAGAAAUCGACAGGCUUCGGUAGUCCCUCGAUAUUUCGUCUGGUCGUCCUGGGGAAAUGCGAGCCCAGUCGAGCAGACGGGAGGGAGAGUCCGGUCUAGGGGAGAGUCACUAGGGCGUUUCGAGAGCGGACCGAGGCUGGUAGGCCCAGAAAAUAUUUAAAAUGGCCGACGAGCCAGCCGAGGUCUGGAAAAGGGCUCCAAUGGCUUCCAUCUUUCCUUGUCGUUCGCGAAAUCUCGAGAAAAGGCGUAGCUUAAUCCUUGGAACGAUGAUUUAAUUUUUUUUUCUUUCGAGUACUCGACGAGGUCGGGCCUCUUCCUCUGCCUCGCCUUUAAGGGAGGACUUAAGCGUGGGGCUUUCUUUUUUGCGGUUUCCCCUGUUCCUUUUUUUUCCCCAUUUUGAAAGAAGAGCUUGCACCCUCUCUACUAGUUUCCCGGUGUAUAACGCGACGGUCUUUCGUCGCCGGGGGAAGUAUCCUUUAGAGGAGGUUUCGCACUAUACGCGGCAAGUUUGAGAACCUAAACUUUACUCGAAUCUUUGUCUUAAGAAGGUGGAAAAGGGAGGCGGAGAGAGAUCGACGGAGAGUCGUCGAUGGUAACGGGACGUAAGAAGUGCAACGUAAAAACGUAUACACACAAAAGUACAAUAAACGUGCAUAACGCGACCAUUUAAAAAGCGCUGGGGCGUUGGCGAGCGUCCGGAUAAAAUCUAGAUACUGCCAUUAGAGAGUAAAGAAACCGCCUUUUCUCGAUGUUUAACGAACGACGGGGGAGAGGAGAGCGUCGAGUCGACGCGAUAACUAUCUAAGGUGCGGCCAGGUGGCGCGGCGAGCGGAGCGCGGACUUGCUCUACCUGGCGACUUCCGUCCUCCAUAUUGAGGGAACCAGAGGGAGUAGAGAAAAAAAGCUCCGGGGAAAGUCGAAAGCUCGCCGGUGAACCUUUCUCUAUGCGGAGUUUGGGCUUCGAAGAGCUCCGUUUGGCCGGUUUACGGAGGUUUCGAAGCCUCGGAGGUUUCCCUCCGCUCGGCUGGCGCUAUUUUGCCGAGGCCGCGCCACAGUCCGCGGGGUUUGAGGGGUUUUGAGACGUUGCACAGUUGAGGGGGCGAACUAGUUUUAUUAACGUGACCCGAGGGUGACAGAGAUGGGCGGGGGGAGGUAGGAGCCGGGUUUUUCAGGCUAGCCGAUCCUCUCGCUGGCUCCGAAUUCCAGUUGGCAACCCCCUGCGGGGUGGCUAGAGUCACGGGGAAUAUGGAGAAAGAUUCGUAAAUGGUUACAAUAUUUACUCAGGAUGCUUUAUUAUGGUCCACCAUAUGAAUUAUAUACAUAUAUAAAUAUAUCCGUGUUUGACAUUUUCUGGGGUUCGGUGGUGCUAGGCGAGCCGAAACGAAGAAACAAAAAAAACGGGGGAGGCCGAAUGGCCGGGGGAACCGACGGAAACAGACUAUUAUCCGAUUAUAAUCUUGUAAAUGUAUUUGUUAUCGAGAGACGCGCGGAGGACACAACUCGCACCCGGUUUCGCGGACUUUUACAAGUGUUUUACUAUAAACUAUAUGAGAACCGUCGUAUACACAUAGAAAUAUUUAAUGCAGAUAUAUGUAUAUACAUACAGACACAUAUAUAUACAUAUACGCGUACUAAGGUAUACUCGAUAGGCGUUUAGGGUUUAACUAAGUCAUCUAUGGCAUUCAAAGAUCUCGUUCGAGUCGCGUCCGAAGAAUUUGCGAGCGAGUCCGGUCGGUAAAAAAAAGUUCUCUGCCGCGCCGCCGGAAAAUUCAGGAGAGCAACGUAGAGAGCAAAAACGCAAAAGAAAGAAAGAAACCGAGAUAACAGCUUGUUGUACGACUUAUCUGUAUCUAUUGUACAUAUGCAACAACUAUAUUCGGAUAAUUUGGAGGCCGAUGAGAGGGACAAAGUCAACAGCGUGAGGGGGUGAGGGGAAGACAAAACGAGAGGGGGGGGGAGCGGUAGGAGGGACAGAUCUACACGGGAGAUUACAUAACUAUAUAGAAACACAUAUUUUUAGGGUUGUUUACACGAUCAGCCUUAAGAUUUGAUUAAAUAACUAAUGACGCCGCGCGCGUGCGCGCGUUUAACCCGUAAGCGACGCGCGCCCGAUAUAAUAUAUUAUAUACACCACACAGACACACAUACACACACGUACAUACAUAUUAAUGAUAUUCGGCGACUCGCCACGUUACCUUAUCGUCUAACAAUAAUACUUAUAUAUUACCUUACAAAAUACUUUCUUGCCAUACCAAAUGCUAGGUAGAGUACGUCGGUAAUGUGGGUGCCUGUCUUGUGCGUGUGAGUGUUUUCCGACUGUUGCGCCGGUGUCGAGAAAGUAGAGAUCCGCUCGCGAGAGGCAUGUCUAAGUAGUAAUAACUGACACAAAAGGGAAAAAGAAAAAAAAGAUAAGUAAGACGAUAUGUAGCUUCGCCAUGGUUAUGUUGCGCGCGCCGCCAUUGCAGUCCGGAAGAAGGGAUGGGGGGAGGGGGAGUGGAUUUGACACGGUGACGCGGGGGCGCGAAAUUUCAAUCCGGGCCAGGAGUCCUCCACGAUUCGGCGGGAUUGCGGGUUUAAUGGCAUAGCGAUGUGACGACGCUAAAUCGUAUUCGAAGGGAUCGGGGGUUGGAUUGCAGGUUCCUGUAAAUCGCGCGCGCGAAGAUUCCUGUCAUUUUCCUUUUCCCGGGGGAGGAGGCCGCGAUUAAUCUCGAAUGUCGCGUCGAUCCCCGAGUCCGCCAUAUUGGAUUCGCGCGAACACAGGGAAAUACUUGGAAUACGUGAAACACAUGAUAUAUGAGGUAUACAUAUAUUUAAAAAACAAUAUAUAUAUACACACAUCGUUCGAGCCGUCGAUGACGUCAGGCGCGCGAGGGGAGGGUGGAAAGAGCGGGAGGGGAAAUCGGCGCGAAGGGCGGCGUCAAGCCUACUUAAUAUACACACCUAAGCUUAACGAGAGUGGGAGGAAGGGGGGUGGAGAGUGAUUACAAAGAAUAAGGAGAGCAAGGGAGACAACGCGAUCCUCUAAGCGGACGAGCGAGAAAGGCCGAGUCAUAACGAUGCUAUUUCUCUCUACGCUUACAUACAUGUAUAUCUACAUACAUAUAUGUAUAUAUCAGGCUUUCGCUGGAGGAUUUAAUUUUAUAUGCGCAAGUAUUGCGGGAAGGGGUGGGUGGGUGGGUUACAGUUGACCUCGGGGUAUAUAUUUAACGAGAGGGCAAAACGGCGCGGGCAAAAACGCGGGUGGGAGAGGGGUUAGAGAAAAGCGGGAGAUUGUGAAAAAUACGAAAGAGGCAAAAAAAAAAACAAGGAAUGAAAAAAAGGAAGAAAAUCGCGAACAGCAGCAAGGAAAAAGGCGCAGAGUUAAAUAGUCAGGAAGUAGCGGAGAUGGUAAAAUAUAAUUAAUGCCUGUGAUAAUAGUAUCGUCGGGAUAUAAGUUGUGCCCUUAAGAGAGUCUCUGAUGUUGUUGCUAGGUAAAUAUUAAUUAUAGACGGUGGGGCGAGGGGAGGGAGUAAUGUUGGACGAUCGCAGGGUCGAUGCCUAGUUCCAGAGAGGGGGAGGGGCGUGUUCAAGUCUUAAUGCACAACGACGACACCGACACACGUGGCGCCACCGUCGCGGCUCUCCGAACGGUACCCUAAGGGAAGAGAAAGAAAAAAGGAAAAAAAAAAAUAAUAGUAUAUCGAGAGACUGGAGAGGGAGCGGUCCCCAUAGUCCGUGGACGAACCGAGACGGAAGAAAAGGACGACAACGUAUAUAAUAUUAAAAAAAAGAAA